UAAUUAUAUGACAAAUACUUAUUUGUAAAUGUUAGAUUACCAGGAAAUGCGUUUCAUAACACUGGUCAUCACAUUGGGAGACCUGCUAUCUCAUGGAUAAGGUCCUAUGAAAUAACCGGCUCUUUUUAAAUUGCUGUCCAAAUAUACUAUUCACUGUGUAGAAUCCAGAUUAAAAAUCUGUCACGUUUAAAACCUACUGUGAAAUGGAAAUCUGAAAAUAACAAACUAGAACAUCGCCAGAUACACUCCUGUGGUUCAGGGACGAGAGCAAAUCACGAAUAACUCCAGGUGCAGUGCUGAUGUUGAAUUAUUUAAGACCCACUGGCUUUCUCUCUCGUACAAGCGCUCACAAAGGUGAUUUUGAACGCCGUUACUGCAGCCGACUUGUUGCCUUGCUAGCGAGUGGACAGAUGCAUAGAGCGCUGAAGAAUCUCGUUGCUCUUCUCCUGGCAUUAUAACGAUGCGAUAUUUUACCUGACGAACACAAGUUUGCAUAGCAUUUUCUCUACCGCAAUUUAAAUCUCGUUUAUACACUUAAAACCAGGUUCGAGUAUUUCACACCGUGUGACAGACUUGUUGCGAAUAGUUAGAUAUGAAAGUGGGCGUCUGGUGGGAGGAUGACAUCACCGCCGAUAUGAGAUGUUUCUCCUGCCAGAAAGCAGCUACACACUUACCAUGGGUUUCACAUCGCGGACACUCAACCGUGUCUCGCUGCUCAAAAUAUGUCCAAUCGGUGAAUAACCAAAAGUGGAAUACGAUAGUUUUCUCUUUUUUUCUGUAGGCAAAUUUCUUCCUACGCGGUGACCUUCUUAGCUUGCUAAAGCGAUUGCGAAUGCGGAAUAGUGAAGGCGUUCAAGAGCAGUCCUGGGUUUCUCUUUCGCUCAAUGGAGUCACAGCCAGCGUUUAAUCGCGAGGAGAUCAACGGCACCGUGUGGGAAGUGCCGGAGAAAUACGUGCGCUUGAAGCAAAUCGGCACAGGAGCUUACGGCACUGUGUGCUCAGCGAUCAACAGCAAAACCAACGAGAAAGUGGCCAUCAAGAAGCUGCACAGACCCUUCCAGUCGGAUAUCUUUGCCAAGCGGGCCUAUCGGGAGCUGAGGCUGCUCAAGCACAUGAAACAUGACAACGUGAUAGGCCUUCUGGAUGUCUUCACUCCUGCCCACCGCCUGGAAACCUUUCAAGACUUCUACCUGGUGAUGCCAUAUAUGUACACAGACCUUUCCAAGGUUCGAGGUGUGCUCACCGAAGACCGUGUACAGUUCCUUGUCUAUCAGAUGCUCUGUGGCCUGAAGUACAUUCACAGUGCUGGCAUCAUUCACAGGGAUCUAAAACCGGGCAACCUGGCUGUGAAUCAAGACUGCGAGCUGAAGAUCCUGGACUUCGGCCUGGCUCGGCAUGCCGAAGCAGAGAUGACGGGUUACGUGGUGACGAGAUGGUACCGAGCACCUGAGGUUAUUCUAAACUGGAUGCACUACACCAAAACAGUGGAUAUCUGGUCAGUUGGGUGCAUAAUGGGAGAAAUGUUCAAUGGAAAGACACUCUUCAAAGGGAAAGAUUAUAUGGACCAGCUUACUCAAAUAAUGAAGGUAACAGGGACACCUGGCCCAGAAUUCAUAGAGAAACUAGAAAGCCAGGAGGCAAAGAACUACGUGAAGUCACUUCCCUGUUAUCCUCGGAAAGAUUUCUCUUUACUCUUUCCCAGGGCCAGUGAACAAGCGGUGGAUCUUCUGGAGAAGAUGCUAGUUUUAGAUGCGGACGCCCGCGUUACUGCUGAUGGUGCACUGGCCCACAGUUAUUUCGAUGGACUGCGGGAUCCAGAGGACUGUCCAGAACCCAAGCCAUAUGAUGACAGUUAUGACAAUGCCACACUGCCCCUAGAGGAGUGGAAGCGAUUAUCAUUCAAAGAAGUGAAGAGUUUUGUUCCAUUCCCAAGAAGAGACUCAAGGAGGAGAAACACUUUAACAAUGUCUUAGUGAUGUUCUACUUGUGAUUUAUGUUACACUAUAUCAAUCACAGCAAGACACUUUGGCAGAUAUCAGUGCAAAGGAAUAGUGAAAAGGAGAAAUGUUUACACAUAUCACAAACACAUAUGAAAAAACAUUUUAUGAAAACCUGUGAGGCCUCAGUAAUCCUUUUUUUGUGGACCUGAUAAGUAGACUUAAAGAUGUACUGCUGUUACAGUGGAGACUACCUUUCAUAUGUUGCCAGUUUGCCUUGAAGUGAUAUGUUACAACAGCUUUAGAGUCAUAUGAAAAGAUUCCAGAUA